GCGGUUGGUUCAGGAUCAGCUGAGCAGUCGGAAUCGCCGCCCAGCUAUGACUACCAAACACCUCUAUCUACGCGGAUGUUGAACCCAACAGAUAGCAGUCCCGUCUGUGCCCCAUCAGCUCGGAGGAUGGUCCUGUUGAAACUGACAUUUCCGCUGUUGUGAAGCCUCCUGCGGUUGUUUUCUGUUGUCGAUGUUUUCCAAAAACAUGGUGUGAUCAAACUGGUGCAACAUGGAUCCCGAAGAGCUGGAACUGCAGAAUGACUACCGUUACCGUAACUAUGCAGCAGUCAUCGAGAAGGCGCUGAGAAACUUUGAGUCGUCCAGUGAAUGGGCGGACCUCAUCUCCUCUCUGGGAAAGCUCAAUAAGGCCCUUCAAAGUAACCUCCGCUACUCUCUCCUACCCAAGAGGUUGAUCAUAGGGAAGCGUCUGGCUCAGUGCCUCCACCCGGCUCUGCCCAGCGGAGUGCACCUCAAGGCCCUGGAGACGUACGAGGUCAUCUUUAAAAUCAUUGGUACAAAAUGGCUGGCCAAGGAUCUGUUUAUUUACAGCUCCGGGUUGUUCCCACUGUUGGGCCAUGCAGCCAUGGCUGUUAAACCUGUGCUGCUGACCCUGUAUGAGCGUUACUAUCUCCCACUGCAGAGGGCUCUGCUUCCCAGUCUGCAGGCCUUCAUAACUGGACUCUUACCUGGUCUGGAAGAAGGACUGGAGGUCUAUGACAGGACUGAUGCUCUGCUGGUCAAGCUGUCACUGUUAGUGGGUCAGCAGGUCUUCUUCGGUGCCCUGUGGGGCAGCGUGCUGAUUACCCCAAUGGUGCGGCUGCCCGCUUCUGUCUUCGUAGUCACACAUUUUGACCGUAUGGCCCCACUGACUCAGCAGGCCCACAUGUUAGGCUACGGCCACCGUGCAGUGAUAAAAUCAGUCUGUCUUUCUCUGCAAGAUUCAAAUGUGUUGGUGCAGAGGAACAUGCUUGAAGUCCUCCUCUACUUUUUCCCAUUUGCUACAUGUCUGGACCCAGCAGAGCCCAGCAUCGCUCUCAGUGAUGAAGACAUGAUCACUGUGGUGUCUGCAGCCUCCCUCACUCUGCUCAGAAGGGACAUGUCCCUCAACAGACGCCUCUACGCCUGGCUCCUAGGCACAGACAUUAAAGGAGGGAUGGUGGCACCACAUCCCACUCUCUCCACCACCAUGGAGGAGCACACCACAUUCUACUUCAACACUUUUUCCAAAGAUUAUCUCGUGAAGGCUCUGAUUAACAUCCUCAGACAGAAGGAAGUGGACAGUGACCCAGAAAGCGUCAUCUCCUACCUCAGACCCUUUCGCAUCAUCAUCUUUCUUUUGGAUAAACCUGAGAUAGGUCCUGCUGUGUUGGGCUGUGUAAUGCUGGAGGUGGUCAGAGCUUUCCACAGAUACUGUCUGGAGAUGCUUGGAGAGGAAAACGGGAUAAAGUCUGGACAUUCAGCAAACCAGCUCGCUUGUAAAGUAAAAGAGAACAAGAAUGCAUCAGAGAUCAUAAAAACGGUGAACAUGCUUGUGAGCUCCUUGGACAGUGAAUACCUCUGGGAAUACAUGACUCGAUGCUUUUGCACGUCUCUCAGUGACAAAGGUGAUCCACCGAUGCCAGUGGAGCAGAAGUACUGUCAGCCUGCUCCCUCCGUCACAGAAAUGUCGAACCUCAUCAUGUUCCUGCUGGAUGUUCUCCCUCUGGAACUCUACGCCGACAUUCAGUCCAUUUUCCUCCCCGAAAUGCUUUGCACCAUGCUGCAAAGCCUACACCGCCACAUGGACUCCAUUUCCCCUGAUGACAUCACACAGGGGCUGCGAGCGUGCUUCAAGGUCCUGAGUAAGAUCCAGAUGCCUGUGGCUUACAUGGAUGGUGAUGCAGGAAGCCACACAGACAAGGUGGAGUCAACGCCACCAGACGAGGAAAUUCCAAAGGAUCUACGCAGCGAGGGGGAGAAAAAUGGAAGCGUUAAUGGACAUCAGGAAGGGGAGGAGCUGAGCCAAGAUGGAGGAGGUGAAGCGGAGCCUGCAACCAGUGUUUACUCAGCACUGAGGUCUGAAGACAGUGGAUUGGGCAUCAGCGCUUCACCUUCAGAGCAGCAACUGCAGCUGGGCGGAACCACGGAGCACAACGGAACAAGCAAAACCAGUGAUGGAGUGUGGAGAAGGGGAGGGAACGUAGAAGCCAUGACCCAGUGUCUGCAGGAUAUCCUGGCUUUCAUAACUACAAGGUACUUGAUGGUACAGGUGGAGGAUGUUAGAGGUCCGGAUCCAGAGCCUCAGCUCGACCAAGUCGUCAACUCCGUGGAUCAUAAGUCUUUGUUAGGAGGACGAGAGAUUAAACACAAACUGACUGAGCUGUUUACUCCGAAUAAACUCAAAGCCCGCGUCUCUUCAGAGCUCCUGCUCCCAGUUUCCCCCACGGAAAAGAAAAAGGAGCCUUGCUCUGCAGAGUGUAAGGACUGGGCAGCUGGUUACAUGCCCAGAGGAAGAGCUGAGAUCUCUGAGGCAUGCAGACAGACCUUCAUCGCCACCUGCAACCUGCUGCUGGAGAGCACCACCUUCCCCGUCUACCUGACCGAAAAAGAGAUGCUCGUGCUUCACACGGAUAUGUUCGGACACUCAGGCAGUGACAUGGACAGCUUACCAGUGUGGCUGAGGUCCCUGAUGAUUUUGUGCUGCAUGUCCAGGGACCACAACAUUCAGCACACAGCAUUGGCCUCCCUGCUGGAGCUCAUCAACCACUCCCAGUCCUUAGCACUGGUCAUUCAGGACAAGCACAGGCGCUACCAAAGCUCUGAUACCAACCCCCUGAGUGGGCGGCUGCAGAUGGUCAGCGUGCCGCCCAUCUAUCCCGUCCAGAUACGAGCCUUAGAGGAAAGCACAGACUUCUUCCAGAGGUUGUCCCGGGUUCUGUGGAGUCAACUGGACACAGAGCAGAGAGAGCAGCAUGUUUCCUGUGUGGAUCUGUUUUACCGGCUGCAUUGUUUGGCUCCUUCAGCGUCCGUCUGUGAGGACAUCAUCUGCCAGGCGCUGUUGCAUAAAGACAAGGCAGUUCGGCUGGAAGCUCUGCACCGCUUCACUGUGCUGUGGCACCUGACCAGGGAGAUUCAGGGCAACAGGAACAUGUCUCUAAGUCGAUCCUUUGACCGGUCUCUGUGUGUGGUGGUGGACAGCCUGACCUCUACAGAUGGGUCGAUAAGCGCGGCGGCUCAGUGCUGGCUGGUUAGAGCUCUGUCCCUGAAUGACGUGAUCCGAAUCCUGGAGCCCAUUCUGUUGCUGCUGCUCCACCCGUCCACCCAGCGCUGCUCCAUCCAGAGCGUUAAACAGAAUUUCAGCGCCGGUAACCUGAAGCUUUUAAACAGUAGAAGUUCGGCCAAAACUUCUAGGGCGUCUUCAGAUGCAGCGGCAGCCGAUGUGACGACAUUAAGCAGCCUGAAUGUUGUGGACCGAGAAGCUCUGUGGGCUGAGUUGGAGAAUGGACCAGAGCCAGAAAAGCCCACUGAGACUUUAGCAGCCUCAAGGAGUGAGAGUGAGAAGACGGAGGAAGAUGAGGUUAAAGAGGAAGAGGAAGAGGAGGAAGCUGAAAGUGAGCAUACUGAGUCGGCAGACACAAGUGGGGCUCAAGUUUCCACAGAGAACUCCAGUUCAGGUUCUGCUCCACCUAGCAGCACUGAGGACGGGGGUUUGGUGAACGGUCUGCGCAGGGUAGAGUCUGAGCGCACACAGGCGUCUGAUUCCCUUUCGAGUGAGGAUGAGGAGGAUUUAGAGCUGGAGGCCAUGGCCAGGUCUCGCCUGUUAAAGCAGGAAGGUGAGAAGAGAGAAGCCAUCAAUUCUCUCUUCCGCCAUGUGCUGCUGUACCCCGUGGCAGGCGGGUGGCGCCGCCUCCUCCAGGGACUGGCGCUGCUAGACAGCCUGCUAAGGAGCAGCCCUGAGUGCCACCUGGUGGACGCAUUGUGCUGUACGUCACUGGACACGAGCUCUGCUGCACAUUUAAACCUGGUCUCAAACCUGCUGCAGCGCCACCAGCAGGCUCAGGAUGGCAAGUGUUUCUACGGCUGCCUGCUCUCUCCAGCCUCCUCCCCCUCCGUCCCUCCCUCUCUACUCAUCGAACUGCUGGUGUCACUCUGCCUGCGGAUUCUUCGCUCUCACUACCCGUCCUAUUUGAGCCUGACUCCUCUGGACCUGCAGGGCAACAGGGAGGUCCAGGUGAAGAGCGUGACGGUGCUGACUCGGAUCGUGAACCAGCUCUCCUUCAUGGUGCGAGGACAGGAAUGCAGCAAAGCCACUCUGGAUUCAAUCCAAAAACUGCUCACAUGCUGCAAAGUGCAGCAAUACGCCCUGUUUUCCCUUUCUGCGUCCAUGUACAUCAGCCAGAAGGCAGCAGACAAGGCUUCAUCCAAAGGAGCUGAGCUGCUAGAUGAGCAAGGAGGCCUGUCAGAGGAAAGUCUUCUCAAUCUGGGUGCAGGAGGGGCGCAGGAGCAGUACCCCUUACAAAUAGAGUUACUAAAAUUGCUCCAGGCUCUCAUAGUGCUAGAAUACCAUGUGUGGCCAGGUGGGGUUGCAGCCGCAGUAGGCGGAGCUUCUGGCCAGCCAGGAGAUCUGCGUGAAUCUGCAACAGCUUCCACCCCUCUGGCCCGCGAGUGGCAAACCGCCGUCCUCUUCCAGCAGUCCAUCAAAGCAGCCCAGUACGUCCAGAGCCACCCCAUCACAGCUCAGGGCAUGUUUGUCUCUUCAGCAGCAAGAGCCCUGCAGCCUCAGUACGGCUACGCCAUGCACCCCCAUUGGGUGUCGCUGCUUUGCUCCUCUCUGCCGUACCUGGGACGCUCUUUAGGGAUCAUCGUCUCCCCGCUCAUCAGUCAGAUCUGCAAGAACAUGGAUGAGCUGGUGAAGCUCCACGAGCAUGACGGAGGGAGGACCAAUCACAGCAUUACCAGCAGGAGGGAGAACAUCGCCCCUGACUACCCUUUGACUCUGCUGGAAGGCCUGACCACCAUCACACAUUACUGUCUCCUCGACAACAAAAAGUCUCUGGUUGCAUGUGAUCCUGUGGACGUCCGUAACGCACGCAAUGCUGUGCUGGAGGCGCUGCCGCACAUGCUCAGCUGCAUGGCGCUGCUGUGGGGCGUGGUCUAUAGGGAGGAGAUACAGAAGCGUGCCUCUGACUCCGGCCACAGCAGCAAACAUGCUUCUACUUCUGUGUACUUCAAAAGCUCCAAGGUUUUGAGGCAGCGGAUUCUGCAGUUUCUGUUCCCUUUAACGGGACAUUAUGGAGUUCAGCUGAUGGCUUCGGUGGGAGUAGUUUGGAGUAACAGAAAAGGCAAAAGGAGACAUAAAAACCAAGUUUUACCUGUGCCCAGUGAGGCUCGUCUGAUCAUUGUGGAGCUCAUAAAAUCACUGCACACCCUGAAUACAGAAACUGUCCUCCACCUGGUCAAAGAGGUUGUGAAAAGACCACAUCAGAUCAAAGGAGACCAGAAAGCAACGCUGGUUGAUAUUCCCAUGUUACAGUUCAGCUAUGCUUACAUCCAAAGCAUUCCAGCUCAGGCUCUACAGGAAAACGUUGGUCCUCUCCUCAGCCUGUUGAAGGAGUCUGUUCAGCUCAACCUGGCGCCACCUGGACAUUUCCUGCUGCUGGGGAUGCUCAAUGACUUUGUCAACCGUCUCCCUAACAUGGAUAGUAAGAAAGACUCUAAAGAUCUGCAGCAGGAGGUGACUCAGCGGAUCCUGGAGGCAGUAGGUGGGAUCGCAGGCUCCUCUUUAGAGCAGACCAGCUGGCUCAGCCGAAGCCUGGAGGUCAAAGUGCAAUCACAGAUUUGCCCAGAAGCUGAAGAACCAGAUGAUGCAGAUGUGGACGGGGAUCACUGUGAGUCAAUGACUCAGGCUAACGCCAUGGUGUCCUCCUCUGCUCCCUCAGUCUACAGUGUGCAGGCUCUUACUCUGCUUGCUGAGAUCCUAGCACCUCUUCUGGACAUGGUCUACCGCAGCGAUGAGAAGGAAAAGGCUGUUCCCCUCAUCUCACGUCUCCUGUAUUACGUUUUCCCCUACCUCAAGAACCACAGUGCCUACAACAUGCCCAGCUUUGCAGCAGGAGCUCAGCUAGUGAGUAGCCUGAGUGGGUAUGCCUGCACCAAAAGGGCCUGGAAGAAGGAGGUGUUUGAGCUCUUCAUGGACCCUUUUUUCUUCACCAUGGAGGCCUCUUGUGCACACAGUUGGAAAUCAAUUAUUGACCAUCUUCUGACUCACGAGAAGACCAUGUUUAAAGACCUGAUGGGCAUGCAGAGCAGCUCCCUGAAGUUGUUCCCUAGUGCCGACCAGAAACCAAUGCUGCUGAAACGACAGGCUUUUGCAAUGUUUAGUGGCGAACUGGACCAGUAUCACCUCUACCUUCCACUUAUUCAAGAGCGCCUCACUGAGACUUUGAGAAUGAACCCGAGCCCUGCUGUGUCAGCCCAGAUGUUCUUGAUGUUCCGUGUUCUCCUCCUGCGGAUCUCAUCUCAGCACCAGACGUCACUCUGGCCUAUAAUGGUCACAGAACUUAUACGGAUAUUUGCUCGUCUAGAGAAAUCUUUGAAGCCAGAUAAAGAAGUCUCAAAGCUGAACAAAGUGAUGCGAGGACCACUUGACAAAAACGGACCAGUAAACUUCUCCCAGGCAGAGCUGGACAUGUACCUGUCAGCCUGUAAAUUCCUGGACACCUCCUUGGCUUUUCCUCCAGAGAAGAUGCCACUCUUUCAGAUGUAUCGCUGGGCAUUUGUCCCUGAGGUGGAUGUGAGCCGCUACAGUGGUCCAGAAAACGCUCUGAUUGAAGGCGAACAGGAAUGCACGCCACAUGUGGUCAGAGUAUUGGAAGGGAUACAGCAGCGCUAUGGGGACCUUAAUGAGCUGAGUGAGGAGUCCUCCACAGAGCACUUAGAGUUCCCCCUCCUCUCUCAGAGCUCCCUGUCCUCCAUCACGCAGCUGAUGCCAUUCCUACGCACCCUUUGCUGUUCCUUCCAGGUCCCUCCCCCCGUCAGCCAGUCUGCGGCUCCCUUCCCCAUUGCAGACUACCCUGCAGCCAGUUCACACACCGUCCUAAGCAGACUGGAGGACAUAAUUGAAAAAGAGUUCCUGGACCCCAUGGAAAUUAAAGACUGAAUUUUUUGAGUCACAACGAGAGUCAGACCUAACAGGGGCACAACCGGUGAUUUUGUUGUAUUGUGAAGUUUUAGUAAAAGGUUUUGGAAAUGGGAUUUUUAGUGUUUUAACCUUCCUGGUUGCAUCAGUACAUGCACUUCUGAACUGUUUCAACUGGGGAAAAAAAAAGGGACUUAUUUCAACUUUGUUCUUAAUGUGAGAAUAAAAACGAGCGCAGCUUUCUUUCUGUCCAAAGAAUAGACAUUAGCACAGCUUAAAGUCGCUACAUUUUGUUCUUAACUUAAUUAAAAACAGCCAGGUAUUCUUGAUUGGGGUCAUUGUUGUGUAAUCAAGGCAUGCAACUUAUUGUCAUGACGGCACAGCCAAUAGAUUUAAGUCCUGUAAAAACUUACUGUGAAGAACUGUAUUAGGCACCUUUAGUGUUUUGUGUUUUCCUUAACUAUUUACCUGCAGCUUGUUAAUUCAGGUGUAAGCAUAUGUCUUGAGAAUGUAAAAAACUAAACAUCUUAAAGAUUUCUCUUAACUUAUGGUCCAACCUUUAAUAGUGAGCAAAAGAAUGUGCUUUCUGUGCAUCGGGAACAUACUUUAGAGUAAUGUCGUGCCUCCUUGUUGGUUAUCAAGGGAAAUUAGCCCCUUUUUGUUUUUAUUCUUUUAGUUUUUACAGCUGCUGAUGUUUGUUCUUUUUCCCUGCACAUGAAUGUUCCUGUAAGUUAUUUAUGUUAAAAAGGACCACAUCAAGAUUUGAUGCAAUAAAAAAGUCAUUAAAUUAAACAUAGUAUUUCA